CGCAGCGGUUCAAUUACGCAGCGUCACGCGGAGCUCCCUGAGGUGCUGCGGCUGCUGGUGUUUGCUCUGCCUGUCCUCUUCUGGACGCUGAACUUUGUGCGGGACGAAGUUAAAGUUCGGGGGAAUACAGGAGCCGUACAGACGGUGUUUCCCACCAGGAUGCAGGGACUGAGCUCCCGGGCUCACGCCUUUUCGGUGGAGGCGCUGGUCGGGAAGCCCUGCAAGAGGAUUAAAGUGUCGGAGGAGCACGAGCCGAGCAGCGCUGACACCAGCGGCGAUAGGAGCAUCUUUCCCGACCAGAAUAAAUAUCCCAUCAACGAGCUACAGAAAGCAUGUCCGACACCGAGGAGUGGAGAAGACCCCUCAGCCUGUGACCCGCAGGGUCAGACUGACAGAUCACAGACUGAAGACUCUGACCCGAGCAGCGAAGAGAAGAAGCCGAAGGAGAGCGACUGUCGGCCGGACAGAGAGGUCCGAGUAGAGCUGCAGGGCUCUGAGCUGUGGAGGAGAUUCUACGAGAUCGGCACCGAGAUGAUCAUCACUAAAGCCGGAAGGAGAAUGUUUCCUUCUGUGCGCGUCAAGGUGCGCAAUCUGGACCCUUGCCAGCAGUAUUAUGUCGCGAUGGACGUCAUGCCCGUGGACUCCAAACGUUACAGGUAUGUGUACCACAGCUCGCAGUGGAUGGUGGCUGGAAACACGGAUCACUCCUGCAUCUCGCCGCGACUCUACGUGCACCCGGACUCCCCGUGCGCAGGAGAGACGUGGAUGCGUCAGGUCAUCAGUUUUGACCGAGUCAAGCUCACCAAUAACGAGAUGGACGAUAAGGGACAUAUCAUUCUUCAGUCGAUGCAUAAAUACAAGCCGCGUGUGCACAUCAUCAAACACAACCCUCGCAUGGACUUGUCUCAGAUCCAGUCGCUGCCUGCUGACGGAGUGCACAGCUUCUCCUUCCCAGAAACAGAGUUCACCACAGUCACAGCCUACCAGAACCAGCAGAUUACAAAACUGAAGAUCGACAGGAACCCCUUCGCCAAAGGCUUCCGAGAUCCAGGAAGGAAUAGGGGAGUGUUGGAUGGCCUGCUCGAGUCAUAUCCCUGGAGAGGCCCUUUCAGCCUGGACUUCAAGCCUUUCACCAUACAGCUCCAAGGGAGCUCAGGGUCGCCCACCAGCAGUGUGAAGAGCCUCCUUCCCGUCUCUUCAUCUUCAUCCCUUCACCCGCUGUCCUGCCAGGACGCCGCUGUCCACGCUUUCACUCUCCCCCUCUACAGCAAGACCUCCACCACCUCACCCAGCAUUUCCCCUCUGCCCAGCAGAGCCUUCUCCUCCCUGGGAGCAGACAGACUGAGAGGCUUCUCCCCUCUGCCUCCUCUCACAGACCUCCCGCUGUUCUCUGCGCUGCAGGGGAAGAAACCGCCCCACUGCAGGGACCCGUGUCCUCACGAGUCCCCGGGGUCUCCUUGCCUACUCCCCUUACACUGCCCUCUCAGCUCUCAGAGCUCUCCUCUCCCCCCACAUCUCUCAGACACUGUAAGCCCGUAUUGCCUCUACCGCUACAGCUUCCCUCUGAACCCCCAGCUCGCAGCCAUUUCCCGGCACCCCAAACUAGCCGAAGACACUACAGACUGUCUGCUGCGCCAGCCUCCCUGGCUCCCGACCACCAACCACUGCCUCUGACGGCUGGACGGCACUUGCGGGCUCCGGCCCAUUGACCAUAACAAUCCCAAAACUGAACACACAAAACAGAAAGGGCUGAUCCUCCUUGAUCCGACUGAGAGGAGAAAUGUGGCUGUGGGGACUUCUUUGUAUUUAUAAACUCUUUUACACAAACGUGUUGGAGUUACCAGCACAAACAAGCGAUCCCGAACCAGAUUGUGAGCAGCUCCUUUUCAUUCUGCAAUCUCGUCUAGAGCCAGAGAAGCCAAAAACGGAGUAAACAGAAACAUUCCUGUUCAGGCAGGAUGCAGAUUUUUAUUCGGGACAGAUUGCUUUUGACAGUUCAGUCCACAGUUUUACUGCAUCAAGGGCUGUAACAGUGUUACCAAAGAGCAUCAGCAAUGAGGUAUGUAACAGAACUAUUAUAAUGAACGUGUUUGUUAAACUGACCAUAAGUGCCCAUUAAAGUUUUUUCGUGCUUUUUGUUGAGCUCCACAA